UGUAUAUUGUCUGCCAUGCUCCGCCUUCUCUUUACCAAAUGGUUCCGUCUUGUAUUAUCGUUUCCAAAUGAAACAACAACUGAAGCUUGUGAGAGGAUUGCGGCCUAUUGUUCUCGACAUUUACGCCCAUGUGUAGAAAGAUUGGAAGCAACAAGAUAGCCGUAUGGGUGUUAGCUGUUCUAAUAAUAAAACACUGGAACUUUUUGAUAUUACACAGGGAAAAUUGAUCAAAACGUUCCGUGGCCAUCAAAAUUAUGUUUUUUGGUGUAAUUUUAAUCCGCGAUCAACUCUUCUUGUUUCUGGCUCGUUUGAUGGAACGCACCUGUGUCCGUUUAUUGCCUGCCAUUCUGACCCUAUCAGCGCUGUAGGUUUCAAUAGAGACGGUUCUCUAAUUGCUACACGCAGUUAUGAUGGCCUUGUUCGAAUUUGGGAAGCGGGCAGUGGUCAAUAUGUAACUACACUUGUUGGUUUGUUUUUUUUAGAUUUUGGAGAGUUUGAAGGGGGAGUUUGCGUAUUUGACUUAACUGCCCACGUUGUUGGUCUCUUCAUAUUUCAUCUGGGGAUUUCUAUGGUUUAAGAUAAGGAAGGAUAUCGCGGGUUUUGGUAUGAUGUAGAUGUGGGCCUCAACAACAAUCACUCUUCGUACAAGUGUGGCAGAUGGCUCUGAACCAAGACAGAUUAUUGUGAGGUGUUCUUAAUGAGCAUUGGACUGCAACAAAUUGCUGAUGAAUUACAAGGAUGAGAGAAGCUAA